CGCGCCCUAGGAGAGAACGUCCGCGGAAUAAGACGGGAGUCAGCUGGAAUGCUUUGACGUCAGUAGCAGGCCAACCCAGGCCAGCGCUCAGAGCCGACCAGACCGAGGCGAAUGCACGAAUAGGCUAGCCUACUGCAGAGAGAGACGCACUCACAUCGAGCAUCCCUGUUGCCUCGUCCUUUGCGGAGACAUCGGGGCACACAAAAACUACGCACCAGGCACUGUCAACACAACAGGACGAGGGGAAAUAUUGUGUAAUAGCGGUAUUAAGAUUUUAACACAUCAAGUGUGCUAGUAUUAUUGGUAGGCUAGUAUUAUUGGAAUGGAAUGAAGUGCGGAGCUGUUUACAGUGGCGGGUCGCUCCACUAGCCUCAAGGAUAACGCAUUUUCCUAACAAUCGUAAUGCAUCAGUAGAGAGAGCCUCCAGCCCAGCCCUCCCUCUCUUCAUACCGAGACCCCUCAUCCAGACUGAGACUGUCUCCAGCACCAACACACCACUCCCCUCACCCCGCCCUCGCCCCGCUCCACCCAGAUAUGGCUGCUUCCAAGAGUGGCUACGAGGGCAAGAUCGCCGGCCUCUACGACCUGGAUCGCACGCUGGGGAAAGGCCACUUCGCCGUGGUCAAGCUGGCCCGCCACGUCUUCACAGGCCAGCUGGUGGCGGUCAAGGUGAUUGACAAGACCAAACUGGACGCCAUGGCGACAGGCCACCUGCUGCAGGAGGUGCGCUGUAUGAAGCUGGUGCAGCACCCCAACGUGGUGCGGCUCUAUGAGGUCAUCGACACCGCCACCAAGCUCUACCUUAUCCUGGAGCUGGGCGACGGAGGGGACAUGUAUGACUACAUCCUGCGUCAUGAGGGUGGCGUGGCCGAGGACACGGCUAAAGUUCACUUCGCCCAGAUCGUCCGGUCCAUCUCCUACUGUCACCAGCUCCACGUGGUGCACCGAGACCUCAAGCCAGAGAAUGUGGUUUUCUUCAGGCAGCAGGGAACAGUCAAGCUGACCGACUUUGGCUUCAGCAACCUCUUCAAGCCCGGGACCAUGCUUAUGACCAGCUGUGGCUCGCUGGCUUACUCCGCCCCAGAGAUCCUGCUGGGGGAUGAGUAUGACGCUCCGGCUGUAGAUAUUUGGUCGCUGGGGGUGAUCCUCUUCAUGCUUGUGUGUGGACAGCCCCCUUUCCAGGAGACCAAUGACAGUGAGACGCUCACCAUGAUUAUGGACUGUCGCUACACCGUCCCCGCCCAUGUCUCUGCAGACUGCAAAGAUCUGAUCUCCCGUAUGCUGCAGAGGGACCCGUCUAGCCGCGCCUCCCUGGAGGAGAUCGAGAACCACACCUGGCUGCAGGGGGUCAACCCCUCCCCCACAGGGCACAGUGCUGCCCCCCUCACCUCCCACCGCAGCCUGUCCCAGGAAGAACACGAGAUCAUCCUCCAAGCCAUGACCAGCGGCAACAUCGCUGACCGCGAUGCCAUCCAACAGGCUCUAGAAGCGGAUCAAUACAACCACAUUACAGCCACAUAUUACCUGCUGGGGGAGCGUAUCCUGAGAGACAAGCAGGAGCAGCCCAGCGAGAUCCCGAAAGUCGACAGUGCAUGGGACGAGCCACCACAACUCCAGAGGCCGCGGUCUGAGCCUCUGGAUCUGGAACAGAGGGGGCUCCAUGGCCUGCUGGACGGCUGUCCCCGCCGAGGGGUGUCUGAGUCUGGGAACUUCCUGACCCACAGGCCCCUGCUGCUUCAGCCUGAGUACAGCACAGGGCCCUGCCUGGGGCUCACCCUGCGCCCCCCACCCCCUGACGAACCCCGACAGGUCAAGAGCCUGGGAGCCCUGCAGCUCAUCUGUGAAGAGGAGGAGGAGGAGGAGGAGGAGGAGGAAGAUGAGGUGGAAGAGGCAGGCAAACCACAUGUUGAACUUCAUAAUAUUCAAACACUGCCUCAUAUAAUAGGCUUGGUAUCAACCACUGUGUCUACAGAACAGUCUAGUCCCAUGCUCACAGCACCAGAGGCUCCACACAGCCCAGUAAGAGUAGUGCCAGGUCAGGGAGAGGAAACAGGCCUGUUGGGCACCUCAGUGGAGGAAGCACUGGAGACAGAGAGGGGGGAGUGGGACAGGGAGCUGAAGGACAGGGUUUCUAGCCACAGCAGAGAGAUGGAGCUUGACCAGGUGGCAUCCAGACAGGAACAGGAACAGGGUACGAUGGAGUCAGAGGAGAAGCCCAUGGAGGAAGGAGACAUGUCAUGUGACCCACUGAGACUAGGUAGUCAUUUGACUUCAGACCAGCCAAUCAAUGGUUUAGAAAACCAGGUUCAGGCUGUGGUAGAUAGUUCGAUCAGCCCUAAAGCUCACCCUCCAUACCUGCCUCGCCUCGGGGGGGUGCAGUGUUGUCGGGGGCAACAGGAAACUCCCAGCCCAGACAUCAUGGAAGGGGAAGAAGAUGCUAUUCUUGAAAACAACAACAACACCACAGAGUCCAAGCCUAAGCUCAUGGUGAAGGGUGGGGGGUCCACCCCAGGCGCCUCACCCCGCUCUCUGCCCCGUAACCACUGUGUGGACCUGGGCCCUGAUGGGGUGGAGACGACCCGCAAGGUGGGAGGGCCUGGUGAGGAGUCUGAAGGGGACACUCCAGAGGAGCUUCAGUUAGAGAGAUCCCACAAUGCACCACAGGGUCGCCUUGGGCCCAGGGAGGCGGGGACCGACCCUACGGUAAGACUGGAUCCUGGGAAGGGGAAGAACGUGAACCUGAGAGACCGCCUGCUGCAGUUCCCUCUCUGUGAGAAGGCCCUGUCCUUCAACAUCCAGCCCACCUCCAAGGAGAAACUCCUGCCCUUCGCCCAGUACAACUGCUGCCACGUGCUGUAGGCAGGGCCACCUGUAGAUACCAUAUACCUCCCACAUUACUCACUCUAUCCCCUGGCCAAGGGGUAGGAAUGGUCCUCACUCCAGACACCCUCACACCAGGCCCAGAGCCUGUCACUGUUCCAUCUACUUCAACUUCAACACAAAACACUGGUGCAGACAGUAUGUAGCCUAUUUGAACUAUCAGUCUGCAUCCGACCUGAACUGAAUUAUCAUACUGUGACCUCAGACACAUUCCAGCCCAUUCUAGUUAGACCUGUGUAGCCCCCACCCUGACCUCUUUAUACUUAGCAUCUACUGCUGCUUCCUUUGUGAGAAAAAAACUGAACCUCAUUGUGCUGCUAUGUACUGGACUAUAGAAAAUGCUUUUUGUGUAGUCUUCUUAGACUAUCACUAUAUACAGUAGCUUUGUAUUUAUUGCUAUUUUAUUUUCCCUUGUAUCGUAGCUUUUCACUUUGCACUAGCUUAUCUAGAACUGAGCCCAUUUUUGCAUAUGGUAUGUUGUCACUGAGGCCUGCUAGUAUAGUGCUAUAAUUGGAAUGUGUAAGAUGAUGCAUGCUGUAUAGGUGAAAGCUACACUCCAUGCCUCAGGCGCCAUCCUACGUUAGCUCAGCUAGCGGCCUGAUGGAAGAUGUGAUGAUGCUCAUGACAGUAUAGCUGGAAGCAUGGUAUCAUUUAAUGCUGGGGGUUAACAUACGUCAGUGACAUUGUUGGUGCACUAAUGUGGGUGCAUUGUUGAAUCUCAGUGGUGUACAGUAGUGUAGCGGACAUGAGUCGGGCAUAGUUGCUCUUGGUCACGUGAUGAAGUAGCCCCGCUUGCGAACUUAAAAACCAGUGUCUGCCCUCGGACCAAGGGGGAAUUUCCUCUUGGUCUAACUGUCUAAGACGUUGGUUGCUCCCGUGGGCGACCCGGGUAGAUAUCCUGCAUGUUACAUUGGCGCCCAACAUGGGGGGAUCUCUCGUGGGGGAGUAGGUCAAAGGGGGGUGAAUGUAGCAGACUUGUCGGGCAUGGUUGCUCAUGGUCACAUGAUGAGGUAGCCCCGCCUGCAAACUUCAAAACCAGGGUCUGCCCUCGGACCCGUGGGAGACCAUGGUUCAUAUCCCGCAUGUUACAGUAGCAAGGCUUGGGAUCUACACUGACUGUAAGAGCAACAUCCAGGGAGAGUUUCAUAAGGGAGACUUUAAAAAAUGAUAUGAUAUGAUAUCAACUACGGAAAUGCAGGUCUUCCAGAUUGUUUGUGUAUAUGUACUUUAUUUGAAAAUCUUUCAUUCUUAUUCUUAGAAAUGCUAUUGAACUCUUUUAUCAUAUCGGACAACUGUUUUUUUGUCGUAGAAGAGAGGUGUGUGAUUAUAACUAUUGUUUUGUGUUCUAAGUGUGACAGAAUUAAUCAGGAGUGAUUAUGAGUCUCAUGAGUGCCCAUACGAAAAAAAAUACAUUUAAAAUAUAUUUUUGAUACAUUUUUUAGGAUACAUGUGAAAUAUUUAAAAUUGGCCAAAUAAUGUAUUUUAUUUUUAUUUAUUGAAUACACUUUAAAUACAUUCCAACAUAAUUUACAGAAUGUAUUUAAAAGGUGUAUAUAAAUGUGUGUAAAAUGUAUAUCACAAUAUAUGUUAAAGUCAUCAGAAAAUGUAUUUAAUGUAUUUCAAAAUGCGUUCUGAAAUACAUUAUAUUUGGAAAUGUUUUGUAAAAUAUAUUCCAACAUGCAUUUAAAUGUAUUUGUAAGAAAUAUAUUUUUUAAUUAAAAUGUAUGACAAACAUAAAAACAAUUGCCAAAUCAUAUUGUAACAAAAUGGUGACUGUCUUAACAAUGAAGCUUUAGUAGGCUCUUUGGUAUCACAUGCACUUAUGUCUCAUUAAGACUGCAGAACUAGCAGUGUACAAACUUAACCUUUAAGCACAGAACACAACAUAACACAUUAAGUUGCAUGACAAUCUGUCACGAGAGGCCAAAAAGCACAAAGACAAAGCCACGCCCCAACAAGCCACACCUCCAAGUCUUCUAAUAGGCUGCCACCAUUACACAAUCUAUUUUGUCAAAAUGCAUUUAUUGUACUUGACACAUACCAAAAGCACUAACAUGCAUAUAAAUGCAUUUAAAUGACUACAACAAUAACUACAAACAUUAUACAUUAUUGGUCAGUGACUGUGCAUAUGACAAAUAAACAAAGAAACUUGAUGAGAGCAUUGCAACCAACGUCCAACGGGCAGAACUUAACAUGUACUGGGUCGUUCCACGAAAUGAGUGCCUUUUUGCGUCCCUUUUAUAUGUUAAGUAGAAAUUAUGCACCACUAUUGAAUUUUAAAACCCUGUUAUAUGAAAUGAAGUGCCCUUUAAUAUAGACCAUAUGGAUAAUUCAAUAAAUCUGAUUUUCAAUAUGAAUAAAGACUUGCU